AUGGAUAGUGAUCUGUUUUAAAAGUACUUGGAGCACUGUGUGCUUUUCAUCUAAAAGGUCUGGAAAGGUUACUACACCAGGAGAUACUUCAUUCAAAAUCUCCUAAUGAAAUACAAAAGAAGAAGAGUGAUGAAUGCUGUGGUAUAAGGUUGGAAAAUUAGAAGAAUUCUCACAGGAUGUAGAGAAGUAAUCGCUAUUAAAAGAGAUUUGGUUGAAAUUAAACAAAUGUUUGGCCAGACUAAAGGACCUAAAGACCCUAAAAAUAUUCAAAUAAUGCAGUAGAGGAAGAAGAAAAUAGAGGAACUUUGUAGGGUUGUGCCAAAUCUGUACAAAAAAGGAAGAUGGAUAUUUUCACUGCAAAAGAAAUUGAAAGUAGCACAAAAGAAAUCAGAUUUCUUGAUGCAAUCUAUUUAUUCAUAGAGUCAAAUAGGCUACGGGAAUAACAACUAGAAUUUCAGUAAUAAAGGAACUAAGAGUUAAUACUUUAACUAAAUUGAAAAUAUUGAAGGUAAACUGAAUAAGAGGAAUGAGAAUAAUGAGGAAUAGUUAUAUCAUAAGGAUUAAAAAUAUCAGUAAUAGUAACCACAGUAUUAAUUCUCUAACUAACAAAAAUAUGAUAAAUCUCCACUUCAAACUCAAAGAUCAAGAGUAAAUUACAAUGAUAACUCAAACGCAGUUGAGAAGAGAAUCAUCGAUUUCAGCAAUGACAUUAAUAAAAUCAAAUAAAAUCAAAAGCAGAUGCAACCAUAGCAAGAAUAAGUAAUUGUUGCUUGGCCUUCACAAAGGAGUCAGGAAUCUGUAGAUUCAAGUGUAGUUCUAUGGCCUUCUCAGAGAUAAAAUCCUUUUUAGACAACAUCCAAAAUACAAGAAGAUAUAUUUUCUGACAGAUCUUAAGGAGCCUUUGAUCUUCCUUUUUCUUAAAGAACAGCAGUGGCAGAUAAGCUUUAAGCUCUUGAUCACAAUUCAAUCAAGCCUUCAUAAAAUAGGUUAUAAUUCAGAUAAGAAAUUGAAAAUAAUCAAAUUUAAGAAAGACAAGGUUGGGGAACAAAACCAUAAAUAAACAAUUAUAUGAAUGCAAAUUAAAACUAGCAGAAUCAUGAGAGUUUCGAUUUUAGCAAUAAUCAAAGCAGUGGUCAUUUGUCAAACAGGAAGUAACCAGUUAGAUCACCAAUAAAAAAGAAAUUUUAAGAAGAUUUUAGGGGUGUAGAGAGUGACUAUGAUAUUCAGCAGCAGAGAAAUUAGUUUUAUGAGGAUGAAGAGGAGGAUUUUUAUGAAAUUAGUAAUGGAUACAGGAAGUAAAACUCUUAAAAUGUAAGAGAAAGCAAGCCAGUGAAUAAUAGAAAUCAGCAAAAUAAAUAUCAAUAUGAUGAUGACCAGGAGAAUGAAUACAAUAGGGAGAAUGACGAUAGCAAUUACAGCAAAAAUUAAUCAUAAAAGCAGCAGUAAAAGUCAAUGGUCAAUAUAGAUGAUAUACCAAUCAAGCCUAGAAAAGCCAAUCCUUAUAGUAUUGAAGAAAUGCCCUUGAAACAGGGUAAAAAUCAAUCAACUACUAAUAUAGACGAAAUUCCAAUUAAGCCAAUGAAGAAAUUGCCUGUAUUUGAUGAUCAAGAAUUUUCAAAUGAAGAAAGACCUAUAAAAACUGUUGAAAGGUCUUAUAUUAGCAAUAAAAAUAACUAUGAUACUAACAACCAAAAUGAUAGUUAGAUAAUACCACCAAAGUAUAAUUUUGAAGAAAUGCUUGAAAAAGCUAUGCUAGAAUAAGGGGAGCAACUAGAAAUGACUAAGACUGUAAGACAGAGCAAACUUCAAAAGAGAUCUAAAACAGUUAGACCUCAUGAGGAUGACGAAGAUGAGCUUUUGGAUCAGGACAACUAAACAUAGCCUAAGAAGAAAGUUGAAAAGAAAGAGAAUCUAAAAAAGAGGCAAAAAUAUGAUCCGCGUAAAGCAAUUGAAGAAGCAAAGAAAAAGCAAGAAAAUGAUGACCAGAAACCAAAUAAAAGUGCCUUUCCAGAAGGAAUGCUCUAACCUGCUAAGAUAAUUGAGGAUAGAAUAAGGCCAUAAACUAGCAAACCCAGAACAAAUGAAGAUGAAGAUGUAUCACCGCAAGAAAAUAAUUAAAAAUAGCCCAAAAGAAAAACUUAGAAGUAGGCUGAGAAGGAGAAAUAGGAGAAAGUUGAGACUCAAUAGUAUCAGUAUGAUGAGUCUGCUACCACAUAGGAUCAGUCAUAGACCAAUACAAAUUAAGAUAAGUCCAAUGCUCCAAAGAAUUUCUUGAAAAGAAAGACUUAAGCAGUGAAAUUUCAAAAAUGUGAUUGGAAAGUUAAAUCAAGAAUUGAUUGCUGGACUAAUAAAGGGCCUGAGUAAAGAUCAAAUGGUUAAAGUUAAACUAGAAGAAAAACUUCAGCCCUCAGAUCUCCUAAAUAAGAGAACAAUUUAAAGUCUAAAUAGUAAUAAAUCUAGCUGCAAAACUAACAGCAGCAAUAAGCUUUGUAGUUACAAAAAAUAGAAGAAACUAGAAUACAGCCAAUGAAGAAGUUAUCGUAGCAGCAAGUGGUCAACACAGUAUCGACUAAUUAACCUUAAAUUCAUUAAAUACAGAUAUCAUAAAUACAGCUUUUGCAGCAAAAGUAGAUCUAAGUUUAAUAACAGUAGCAGUAACCUAAUAUUACCUAAAUAAAAGCUGUCAAUGAGCCAUUGAUCCAUAGUACAUUCUCUUAAGUACCCAUUCAUUCUAUUAAUAUGAUUCAAUAAAACUAGUUAAACUUAAUGAACUAGAAAUCUGGUGUAAGGCUUAAUCAACAGUAAAUGCCUCAAUUUAAUUAAUAAAUCUAGCAGCAUGAAUUAGAUGAUGAUACUAUUGAAAUUGAAAGCAUCCCUGAUGAAAAUGAAUAGUAUGAACAAAUCUAAUAGGAUUACUACAAUAUGCCUUUGCAAAAAUCGCAUACUCAAUAACUCUGGCCUGUUAAUAAUAAAAUUAAUAACUAAAUUACCGUUGGUGGAGGUAGUGCUAUCAUUCAAAACCAUUCGAAGCAAAUGGUGAUCUAGCCAGCUAGAAUUAUUAAUGACGAUGAAAUCAGUCUGAAUCCUCAAGAUUUGAAUAGAUCAUAGGAGCAUUACUAAUAGUAGCAACAAGACUUAAUGUUUAUGGGAGGUAAUUAGGGAACAUUUAAAAUGCAAAACUAUGAUAAGCAAUUCUAGCAGCCUCAAAUGAGUAGUCAGGUUUAUAAUUAAGGAUCCUAGAACUAUACCAAUCUCGUCAAUUAAUACAACUAAGAGCAUCAGUAAUAAAUUGAGAGUGAAAAUGAUCCUGUUACUCUUUAACUUGAAGAGCUUGAAAAGGUAUUCUAAAUGUUUCAUCCAAAUUAAUAAUCAUUUGGCGACUGUGAGAUUUAGGAUGAGAUUACUCGAGACACUCUGAUACCUCACUUGACAAUGAAUUCAAUGUUCUUUAACUGCUAUUCAGAUGAUAUUUAUGAUACUAUUCUUGAGGAUCUUAGGAAUCACUACUUCGCUUUAUGCAAUGAAUGA